AUGAUGCAACUACUUGAGAUUAACGUGACAUCCAACAACAUUACGAACUCCAGUAAGAACGCAAUCAAGCGCUUCUCCAGUUUCGCCACGUCUAUCUUCCACGUGCAUGAUCUUCGAGUUUCCCUCUUCCUCAUCGCGGACGAUCUCAUCCAUCUCGGUCUCGGACUUCAGUGUGUUCAAGACUUGCUGCAGAGUGGGUCGGGACCCGGGAGCCAUGAUGCGAGAAAACUGACGCACGACAUCUCUGUGUGUCUGCACUACUCCCAUGAGAAUCACGUCCACAACGGAGUACCAAGUAAGUCUGACAUCGAAGGCAGCGUCCACGACAUCGUCAGCGUUCACGUCUCAUACAUUGUCGGCCGCCCAUUGGCUGCUAUGCUUGCGAAUGACGGCGCUGACGUGUACAGCGCCGACAUUUACUCGCUGUACCUAUUCCGUCGCGGUAAGCUCAUCCCGAGCGAAGAGACGCAGGAGACGGCGUGUAAGAAGUCUCGUGUCAUCAUUACUGGCGUCCCCGUUAAGAGCUACAAGCUGCCGCUUGAGUGGGUCAGCGAAAACACGGUCAUCAUCAACGUCGCGUCCUUCAAGAACGUGGACGAUGCCGAGCUGCUUAAGAUAAAGGGCGUGCAGUACGUGCCACUGGUGGGUAAGGUCACGGUGGCCAUGCUCGAACGCAACCUGCUGCGUCUGUACGAGAACUUCCACUGGAAGCCUAAGAAGGUCUGGCAGUAAGAGUGUGAAUGAGGAUAGAGAGAACACCUCGCUCACCGCUAAAAUGCAUAAAUCUUCCUCGUUACAGGGAAAUUCA